AUGGCGUCGCGGAGGCGCGGACCCGGGUCGCGCGGGCUGCUGGCGCCGCCGCUGCUGCUGCUGCUGCUGCCGCCGCUGCUGCUCGGACCCUGGCCGGCGGCGGGCCACGGCGGCAAGUACUCGCGGGAGAAGAACGAGGCCGAGCGGCCGGCGAAGCGCGAGCCCGGGGCCGAGUUCCGCAUGGAGAAGCUGAACCAGCUGUGGGAGAAGGCGCAGCGGCUGCAGCUUUCUCCCGUGGAACUGUCCGAGCUCCAUGCUGAUCUCAAGAUACAGGAAAGGGGUGAGCUCGGCUGGAAGAAGCUGAAGGCCGAAGGCUUAGAUGAAGACGGGGAGAAGGAAGCGAAGCUGAUCCGCAGCCUCAAUGUCAUCCUGGCCAAGUACCGUCUGGACGGGAGGAAGGACGCCCGGGCCAUCAGCAGCAACUCCCUCAACGAGGGCACCGAGCAGGACAGCCUGGAGGACCCCAGGCUGGAGAAACUGUGGCACAAGGCGAAGACGUCCGGGAAGUUCUCCAGGGAGGAGCUGGACAAGCUGUGGCGGGAGCUCCAGCACCACAGGGAGAAAGUGCGAGAGUACAACGUCCUGCUGGAGACCCUGAGCCGGACGGAAGAGAUGCAGGAGAACGUCAUCAGCCCCUCGGACAUGAGCCGUGUGCAGGAGGAAGCUGCGCUGCACAGCAGACACGCGGACCUGAAGGACCGGCUGCGGGGCAUCAGCCAGGGCUACGACCGCCUGCGGAGAGUCAGCCACCAGGGCUACGGCGCGGAGGCCGAGUUCGAGGAGCCCCGGGUGAUCGAUCUGUGGGACCUGGCCAGGACGGCCAACUUCACCGAGAAGGAGCUGGAGGCCUUUCGGGAGGAGCUGAAGCACUUUGAGGUGAAGAUUGAGAAGCAUAACCACUACCAGAAGCAGCUGGAAAUCUCGCAUCAGAAGCUGAAGCACGUGGAGCGGUUUGGUGACCACGAGCACGUCAGCCGGAACAAGGAGCGCUACGCCAUGCUGGAGGAGAAGACCAAGGAGCUGGGCUACAAGGUGAAGAAGCACUUACAGGACCUGUCCGGGCGCAUCUCCAGAGCGCGGCACAACGAGCUCUGACGGCCCGAGGCCCCGGCUCCGGGACCUUCCGAGGGGCCAGCUGCUCGGUGGCACCGUCUGGACGGGACUGGGGAAGUGUGACAGCGCCCAGUGGGCAGGAUGGCCUCAGAUGCCGUGUGCCUGGCGGGGGACCUGUGCACCGACUCCAGCUGCCCGCCGAGGGGCCGUCUGGGGCCGCAGCACCGGUCUGCAGACCUGGUGACUCAGCCGCAGAAACCCCAGGCGGGAGCCCUGUACAGGGACUGCCGCGUUCAACCCCCAGGGACCUGGCGCGCCACUCAGCCGUCUCUGCCUCUGUCUCACUGUGUCUUUGCCGCUUGGCCCUGGCCAGGCUGAGGUCCCCUCUUCCACCCACCCCACCUCGUCCUUCCCUGAUGCAGGAGAUGAAGGAAGGGCUGGUGGCGUCUUUCUGCCCCUGCAGGGAGGCCCCAUGUCCCACAGAAGUGCCCAGUGCUCUGGAAGGGAGGGUGCUGCACAGUGGGAGGUCGGGGGUCUCCCACAGCUCCCAGGGGUGAACCUGGGAGACUGGUCCAUCAAACAUACGUUCACUCUGAGAAGCCAAGGCCACGGGCCACGGGCAGGACUUCAGUGAGGGGAGGUCGCCCGCAGCAGACCCCAGAGCAGCCCUGGGCCUCCAUGUCGCGUCUGCCACUGACCAGGCCUCACAGGUGGGCGGUGACUGUCCACUGAGGCACGGCGUCCAGCGUGCAGAGCCCAGGCCACAAGCUUGGGUGCCAAGGGCCCCCAUGUGCCAGCACACCCCAGCCCUCGUGGGGUCACAUCAGUGUGGAGGUGAGGCCUGGCCAUCAGACCGUGCUGGGGUGGACCAGUGCACCAGUCGCAAGUGGCAACCACCUCCACCAGCUGACCCCAGGGAGAUGACCAGGGUCCAAGGACCCCCAACACUCAUAGCUAACUAGGCUCGUGCCCCCCUCCAAGUUCAUGGAUUGAAGCCUAACCCCCCAGUGGGAUGGUAGCUGUAGACGGGCCCUGCGGGAGGUGAUGGGGUCAUGAGGGUGGGGCCCAUGAGGGACCGGUGCCCUUCUAAGAGACCCCGGGGAGGGCUCACCACACACUGGUCCCCCUGCCCCGUGGUCUUGGACCCCCUGCCUCCAGGACAGAAAUAAAUGCUUGAGCCACCCGUUUGUGGAGUCUGUUGAGGCAGCCCGGAGGACAGGCCACUCCUGGCUUCGGUGCGGUCGGAUUCCCCGCUCACAUCGCAGACGUGUGCCGGAGUGCGUGUCGGUGGGUGUGGGUGUGGUGGUCCGUCAUGUGGCUGCCACGCUGCGUCCCUCCUGUGCGGGGGUAUCCGAGCUUGGGAUAGUAACGCUGGGUGGACAUGCGUGUGUUCUGGCUCCCAGAGUGGGUGGGUUCUCCCCCAU